GAAGGUGAAGAGGAGGAGGGAGGAAGAGGCGUAAUCUCUACAGCCAGGGGCCCGGCCAAGGUCAGACUACACUCUUAUGCUCCUGAUUACAGGCCAAUCAACCGCUACCAUUCACCCAAUCAGUGCUGCUACACAAAAGGGAGAGAGAGAGAGAAAACAUCCUUGAAAUGAAUUAUUUUAAACCCGAGGACCACUUGGACUAAUUUGUUCCAUCUGUAGCGCGUAUGUGAAAUCAUCAUUAGGCCUCAGUGUGAGCUGCGGGGCACUGAUGUGGACCCGCACACCCGUGAAACGGUUGGAGACAUUUCACAUUCACAGAACCAGGGGAAGUCCCAAGACGCAUGGGCGAAAACGAUGGACACUCCCGCUCUCGGCAACGGGACGAGCGCGCGCAGCGACCCCCGCGCGGACGCGUCCUUCCUCCUGUUCAACUGCGCAGUCUUGACCUUGACCCUGGUCCUGGGCCUGCCGGGGAACCUGUGGGUGUGCUGGGUGGUGCUCCGGACCAAGAGCCUGCAGACGUGCAACAACGCGCUGCUGGUCAGCCUGGCCGCCAGCGACCUGCUCAAGUGCUCCGUGGACACGCCGCUGCUGCUCUUCUCCUUCCUGCGCUACGGGCAGCGCGGCCCGGUGUCCGUGUCCGUGUCCGUGUGCGUGUGCAGCCUGCAGCAGUUCACCUACGCGCUGUGCAGCUGCGUGCAGCUGCUCACGCUGGUCGGCAUCAGCGCGGAGCGCUUCCAGGCCAUCGCCCACCCGUUCCGAACCGAGGGGAGGAGGGCGCGGGUGCGCGUCUGGAUCCUGUCCAUCUGGGCGUGCGGCCUCGCCCUGGCCGCCGUCUCCCUGAGCCUCUCCGAGAAGGCGCUGCUGUACAUGCUCUGUCGGCCGCACACCGCGGGGCCCGACGGGGAGCGGGCCCAGCACUCGGAUCCAUUCGGACCCUACGUGCUGGUGCCGGUGUGGGGACUGUGCAUCACCCUGAUCGUCGUCCACUACUUGCGGAUCUUCAGAGUUGUGAGGCAGCACCGAAAGAAAGUGUUCAACCGGGGGGUCCAGCUGAGGCCGACGGUGUCGGGCGACGCGUGGGCCUGGGUCGGUGUCCCUGCGCCAUCGGCGCCGGGGACCCGCAGUCCUCUGCCGCCACCACCGCCCCCCCGCCGAGCGGUGCUCCUGGUGGCCGAGGCCCCCUGUGCGUCCGCUGGCAUCAGAGGGGCCCCGGGGAGACCCCCGGAGAUAGUUGGGGCAGUGUGCCUCAUGACACCCGGGGCCAGGGAGCGGGGGAAGAAACAGAUGGAGGGGAAAGUGGCUCAGCGUUUUGGGUACAUCAUCAUUGCGUUCACGCUCUUCUGGGCGCCCAUGGUGGUUCUUCUGCUGGUGAAUGUCAUCUCUCCUAGGCAGGACAGGAACAAACUGCUGAUGGAGCUGGAGACGUCCGCCAUGGUGCUGACGUGUAUGCAGGCUGCGGUGGAUCCUCUCCUCUACACUUUAGUCACCAGACAGUUUCGCUCUGAACUCCGCAAGAUCCUGUCCUCCGUCCCAGGAUGUCCACUGAAACAGAGAGCCUGAUCGGGUUCCAUCCUUUGAUACGGACGUGAUAUGAACCAGGCAAAUCCCACCGAAGUUAAGUGUGCACGAGACCCUUUUCUUUGUGGACACAGUGACUUUAGAGGCAGGUGAAGAAGGGAGCCCACAGAUUUUUGUAUUUGUGGCAGAUAUAGAUGUUUUAUCAGGCGUUUCACAGUCGGGACACAAGACAAGGUCAUACAUAAUAUCCAGCACCUGACAAGAUACGCACAGCAGUAGUCUCAACAACGACAGGUGGCAUAGGAGGGCAAAGCAAAGGGUGAGAGGAAAAGUGACCGAGCCCAGAAAAGAGACAAUCAAAGGAGAAUAUUCAACAGAGAAAGAGAGACAAACACAAUUAAAGACAAUCAAAGACAAAGACCUCUGUUCUUGUUGGUUGGGAAAUAUAAAAUGCAACCCCUUUGACACUUUGGCGCGAAAACUAUGCUUCUACAUAAUAAUUCAAACUGUGUCAUUUUGAAAGUGCAGCUGACGCAAAGCAACCUGUCAGGGAAACAGGGAAGGAAGCAGGAACUAAAUUGCGGCUAAUCACUGUCUUAGCAGAGAACAAAAAAAAAUAAUAAUACAGGGAACCUCACUUGUGCCGAGACCCACCCAUGGUCACAUCCUCGUAGUUUUCCAUAGACUCUCAAAAUGUUGGACUUGAUGUUGUGAAUAUGAAGUCAAUGUCUUUAACCCCCAAGUUUUAAAAAAAAAAAAUCACGCUGAAAAAAGCUCUGCCGGACUGUGCUCGUCUUCUUUUGUUCACUCCAGGUAAAUUUUGCGCACUUUUUUUUUUUACUAAACACCAAUACUGGAUCUAUGCAGCUGCCGUCACGGUGUACAGCACUAAAUAACCAGCAGUAGAACUAUGUCACUACGAAGGAUAUCAGAAGUAAAACACACCCUGUUCCAACUCAGUAGACUAUUUUUUUUUUUUGGCCUCCUUCUUUGGGGUGAUACUCACAUCAGGACCAGAGGAACCAAAAACACAAGAGGGGUCUAAAAGACCGUAGGGUUUUAUGUAGCGACGCACUGAUAUGGUACCAAUAUGCAAUAUAUUUCCACCCUCAUGGGCUGAUAUGAUGAUGAUAUGCAUAAUUCUAAGUCUUAGUACAAAUGCAUGUGUAAAAUUGUUUUUUACAUUUAUCUCCGUAUUAAGGUAAUUACAUACUUUAAAAAAAUUAAAUACCAUGAUGCAUUUUCCUGCUAGUGUUCUUUUUCUUUUUUUUUUAAAU